GAGGCCGCGACGCAGAGAAGCGCGCGGCCGAAAAACGGAGGGCCAGUGCUGAUGGACGAGGUCCAGGUCAACGUCCCAUGGAGCGAGUUGCUACACCAAGCAUUUCAGCAUCUCGCGUGGCGAGUGUGACUGGUCCAUCGGUAGUGAUCGGUCCUCGAGAGCCUCGAGAGCCAGGCCGCCAGCCGGCUGCGCCUACUCAGCCCGUGGCUGCGCCCGUCACGGCGCUGGCUGCAAGAAGUGCAGACGGCAAGCAGGAGGCCGGCGCUCAGUUUCUGAGACCUCUCGAGGCUUCCGGGGCUCACGAGGCUUCCGCAGAGGCCCACGAGGCGGCCCGUUCCCGGCGGAGUGCAUCCGCGGCCCCAGUGGAGUCAGUGGAGGAACUUCGGAAAUCGGCCAAGAGAAAGGGGCAUGUUUGGUCGCCCAUGACCGACGCUUUUGAGGCUGCCCGCAAGCAGAACGACGAGACCGAAGCCAAGGCCGAAGCCAAGGCUCCCAAGGCGAAAAGUGCCGCGAGUUCCUCGAAGCAGAGUGAACGUGAGAAAGGUCAGGCAGCUCAACUGGAACUCCACUUGCAGCUCCAAGCCCUGGCUGAGUCAAAGCUGCGUGCGGUGGAGAGUGAAGACUACGAGCUGGCGCAAAAACUCAAGCAGCAAGAGCAGGAAUUGCAACGUCUCUGCACCUCCAAAUCCUGGGCUGCGCUGGUGACACCCAGCGCUAACGCUACGGCGGCGCGGCCGGGCAGUGCGCUGGUCUUCCGGAAAAACGUGGGACCGGCGCCAAAAGCAGGGCCUGCAUUGCGCCGCCCAUCCGCGGCGCCAGCAGUGCCUGCGCCUGCGCCUGCGCCUGCGGUGCCGAGUGGCGCUGGGAAGCUGGUCUUUGUUCUGACCGCACCAGGCGAACUGACGCCCGAGACCUUCAAAGCCACCACCACGCACGUGGCCCGCCGCGACGCCUUGGCCCGAAUCGCAACUGCUGCGCUGUGGCGGGGGCGAGGGCUCGCAUGGGAUGAUAUCCAUGAGAUUGUGUUUAUCUUCGAAGACUACCGCGCCCUACACAUGACGCCUCGCUUCGUGGCCAGUUGUCCAGUACCUUCGGAGUAUCAUCUCAUCAUGGUGCUCCAGCGAGCGUUGGAGGGUUCAGCUGUGCCAGGACUGAAGAUUUCUGCUCCAGACCGCGAGCGAUUUCUGGGCGGACACAUUGAUGAUACGGUGGCUAGAUUUUCCAGAGCUGGUCCCACUUCAGUGGUCUUACUCCAUGAGACCUAUCCGCAGAGCCUCGGGCUCUAUGAUCAAGAUCUACGAAGUGAUGCAGGCGAGACAAAUAAAAGAUCGCUGGUUUUCUUCCUCGGUGCUGUCAAAGACAUGACACCAGAAGAGAGUCGAGCUGUCGUGAGAGCCUGCCGUACGCAUGAGGUUCCCUGCGUCGAGGCCAACUUGGGGCAACAAGCCGAAUUUACCUCCAAAAUCAUCGACGUCCUCCAUGGUCACCAUGAGUAUCGCCGUUUGGCUCCCGCCGUGGCCCGCGCCCGCCGCGCCGCGGCCGGCGCCGGCCCGGCGGCGGCGCCGCUGCCGGGGACUUUCUGGGUCUUCGUUCCGAUGGGUGGUUCUCCCCGAGAUGUGGUGGCGGACGACAAGAAACGGGAUGGACAAUACGAGAUUCCGCGCUGCUGCAUCUCUCAGCUCUGGUGUUCCAGAAGUGAGCAUCGGUGUCAUGCCUUGUCCUUCGUCUAUCCUGGGGGUGAGGUGCUGACGGUGAACCCUUCGCUGGUCACCUGCCUCAAGCUGCAGCACCGGGCCGCGCCCACGGAGCGGAACUUGGUGAACGCCCUGCGCGUGGCCACCGGUGACUGGAGAGCAGAUCCUAAUCUCACGGUGGAUGAUGGCUGUGUGGUUCUGGGCGAUGCCAGCAACAUCAUGACCAAACGAGGUGACGCUUUACACCCCAACAAGACGGCCUUUUUGGAUCUGGAAGUCGGCUCAGAAGGUCCGAAACUCGACCCUUACAGGGCGGGCGUCUCUACGUCCAAGGGCGUUCAGAAUGUGGUGCUUCUACUACACCAUGCCGGUGCCCGCGACUUCCCACGCAACUUCCGACAGAAGUUGCUGGAAGGCAUCUUGGGUCCCAAAAAUGCCACCAAGCGAUCCUGGAUGACUUUGGGGAUGCCUCGUCUGAGUAUCCACGCCUCAAUCUCCUUGCUGGGCCACUACUGGGACACCCGAGCUCUGACCCGAGCCUUAGAGCAGAUGCCAGGCCGGCCACCAUGGGAUGAAAAAAUAGUGUCCACCAGUAGGUGA